AAAAAUUAAUAAUUAAAUAAAAAUAUAUAUAUAUUGUUUAAUAAUAAUAUAAACAAAGAUGUACGCUAAAGGAAAGGGCUCGACAGUGCCCUCAGACAGUCAAGCAAGAGAAAAAUUGGCACUUUAUGUUUAUGAAUAUUUACUACAUGUUGGAGCACAAAAAGCAGCACAAACAUUCCUAUCUGAGAUACGAUGGGAGAAAAAUAUAACACUUGGUGAACCACCUGGAUUUCUACACUCUUGGUGGUGUGUUUUUUGGGAUCUUUAUUGUGCAGCACCAGAAAGACGUGAUUCUUGUGAACACAGUAGUGAAGCCAAAGCAUUUCAUGACUAUGGAUUUGUAAACAGUGGUUAUGGAGUUAAUGGAAUUGCUCACAAUGCUGCAGCACCAUCACCACUUGGUCAAAUGCCACCAAAUGAAAUGUCUGGUGGACCAAUUCCUCCUGGAUUCUUCCCAAACAACUCGACAAUGCGACCAUCUCCGCCCACACACCCCUCAUCACAGCCAUCCCCCCAGCACCCCCAGCAACCCCCGCCCUCACACUCGCAGAUGAUGUCCAGUCAGUUUAUGGGUCCAAGGUAUCCAGCAGGUCCAAGACCGGGAGGAGUACGUAUGCCACAAAUGGGAAAUGAUUUUAAUGGACCACCAGGACAACCAAUGAUGCCAAAUAGUAUGGACCCCAACAGACAAGGCGAAGCUGGAGAAUUUGUAGGGUGGCAAGGUCCACCAGGAAUGAAUCCAAUGAAUCCAAGAAUGAAUCCACCAAGAGGACCAGCAAUGGGACCAAUGGGUCCUGGUAAUUAUAAUCCAGGUAUGCGAGGACCACCACCAAAUAGUAAUUUAGGACCUGGUGGUCCUGGAGGACCUGGUAUGCCACCAAUGAGUAUGGCAGGACCUGGUGGUAGACCACAAUGGCAGCCAAAUACAUCAACACCAAUGAAUUAUUCAUCUUCAUCGCCGGGUAAUUAUGGUGGUCCACCAGGUUCAACUGGACCACCUGGUCCAGGUACGCCGAUAAUGCCAAGUCCACAAGACAGCAGUAAUAGUGGCAAUGAAAAUAUGUAUACCAUGAUGAAAACAGUACCUGGAGGCAAUAUGCCUGGUGAAUUUCCAAUGGGUGGUGGACCAGAGGGUGGACCAAUGGGUCCAAUGGGACCAAACACAAUGGGUCCAGUGCUAAAUGGUGAUGGACUUGAUGGUAUGAAAAAUAGUCCAGCAAAUGGUGGUCCAGGUACACCCAGAGAAGACAGUGGAAGUGGAAUGGGUGACUAUAAUCUUGGUGGUUUUGGUGGUCCUGGUGAAAACUUUUUUUAAAUCUCAAAAUCGCCUUGGAUCCAGCUACGAGCUCAUUGACGUCGUAGACUGCCUCCGGGUUAAUCACACAGUGACAUGGAAGGAUUCGUCGCGUAAUUAAACUAAACACCGAUUCAUACUAUUCAUACACAAAUAAAAAAAAAUAAAUAUUAAUAACAGCCCAGUGAUGAGCAAGUUUACAUAUAGGUAAACAAAAUAUAAAUUACGGUCUAUACACAAAAAAAAAAAUCACAUAACACUUAAAUACACACAUAAUUGUCUAUUUCUUUUAAAAAUAAAAAAAAUAAAAUUUGGAAAAAUGGCAAUUAUAUAUUUAAAAAGUACAUACACAUAUAAAUAAUUGAAUAAUAAUUUUUUUUAUUUUCAAAUUGCCAUUAUUCCUGCUGUGUCAAUUCAAGACAUUUUUUUUUUUAUUUUUUUUUUUUUAUAUAAGACUGUAAAAUAUAAGAAAACAAAAAGAAAAAAAAAAAAGUUGCCACUAUUGCCAUACACUAUUAUAUGUAUUCGCUUUGCUAACACUCAAUAAGGUUGCAAAUAAUUUUUUUUUAAUUUUUUUUUUUUUUCUGACUUAUCUUUUUAUAAUUUCUAUUGUUUUAAUUUUUAACGGAUUUAAUUUUUUUUUGUCAGGGUUGAUUUAUAAACCCAAAAUGUGUCUUAUAUAUUAUUUUUCUUUAAUUUAUUUUGAUGCGAUGAAUGAUUAGCAUGUAAGCAAAAUAAAAAAUAACAAAAAAAAAAAGGUGCCCGAGAUAAACAAAAGUCUGUCUAAUCAUAAUUCGUACACUGUGAUUGCACUCAUUGUCUAGUUUUGUUUUUUUUUUUUUUCUAUUGUAUUUAUUAAAUAUAUAUAAGUAUAAAUAAUAUUUUUUUUUUCGUUAAAUUAUAAUCUGUCGUAUUGAUAAUUUGAUAUUAAAUUUAAAAAACAAAAUCUAAAUAUUCACGUUAAAUUCUAGUCGCUUCACAAAACAUCUAUAAUUUUUUUUAUUAUUGAUUUUUAAUUAUGUCAUUUCAUUUUUACAUCACAAUUUAAUGAUAAAAUAAAUUCAGCAUUAUGACAGAUAGUCCCUCCAACAAUUUUGCUCACUUAAAAUAUUAAAAAAUAUAUCUUUCUUUUUUUCUUUAAAUCGGCAAUAUUUUUUUCUUUAUAAAAUCAGUCGCAAUUCCUGAUAAAUUUCAAUGAAUAUAAUAAAGCGACGGGUACGUGAUUAAUGUAGACUUCUUGCCGCUUAUAAAUUGCUCAAU